CGACAGAGUUUCAUCAGAUGAAUAAUAGAUAAUACGCCGGUAGGAGUGGUUGUGUUGUUUUGUUAGGUACGUGUGGUUCAGUGGUCAAUGGUGGAAAUUGUGAAAUCAACAAGUGUUUCUCUAUUAUUUAUUUUUGACGAAAAUGGGUUGUGCUGUGAGUACGAUUGGCGAUAGCAAAGCUACAGAACAUUCUCAUGAAAUUGACAGGCAGCUCAGAGCUGCAGCUGAAAAAGCAGCCAGUGAAAGAAAGUUAUUGUUACUUGGUGCUGGGGAGUCUGGUAAAAGUACCAUUGUGAAACAAAUGAAAAUAAUUCAUGAGACUGGAUAUUCGUUAGAAGAAUGUGAGCAAUAUCGUCCUGUUGUUUAUAGUAAUACAAUACAAAGUUUGAUGGCGAUUAUAAGGGCAAUGGGUCAGUUAAGAAUUGAUUUUGCUGAUCCCAAUAAAACAGAUAUGGCGCGACAGUUUUUUACAUAUGCCAGCGCAGAAGAUGAAGGUGAACUGCUACCUGAAAAGAUGGUUACUUUGAUGAAACAUCUGUGGCAAGAUGCAGGUGUUCAACAAUGUUUUGCAAGAUCUCGUGAAUAUCAAUUAAAUGAUUCGGCUGCAUAUUACUUGAAUGCAUUAGAUCGAAUAUCCUUGCCAAAUUAUAUACCUUCACAACAAGAUGUUCUUCGUACUAGAGUCAAAACUACAGGAAUAGUUGAAACAUACUUUUCGUUCAAAGGACUUGAUUUUAAAAUGUUUGAUGUAGGCGGCCAAAGAAGUGAAAGAAAGAAAUGGAUACACUGCUUUGAAGGAGUUACAGCAAUUAUUUUUUGUGUAGCCUUGUCAGCUUAUGAUUUGGUGCUGGCUGAAGAUGAAGAAAUGAACCGAAUGAUUGAAUCAAUGAGAUUAUUUGAUUCAAUUUGUAAUAGUAAAUGGUUUGUGGAGACUUCUAUUAUAUUGUUUCUCAAUAAAAAAGACUUAUUCAGGGAGAAAAUAACAAGGUCGCCUCUUUCCAUAUGUUUUCCUGAAUACACAGGUUCAAAUACUUAUGAAGAAGCAGCAAAUUACAUACGAAUGAAAUUUGAAAAUUUAAACAAACGAAAAGACCAAAAAGAAAUUUAUACUCAUUUCACAUGUGCAACUGAUACCGGAAACAUUCAAUUUGUUUUCGAUGCUGUGACUGAUGUCAUAAUAAAAAAUCAUCUUAAAGAUUGUGGAUUAUUUUAAUAAUGUGGUUUGUGUGAUAAGACAAUAUUUUUUCAAUUAUUUUAAAUGGUGGAUGAACUACUUCUGUAAAAUUAGUCAACUGCCUAUUAUAAUGCAAAAGUAUAGGCAUAUAAAAUCUUAAUGCUUAAGUAUUAGUCUGGUCAGCUAGCAAUCUUUGGCAAAAUAUAAGUUGAAAACAAUUUUAUCAAUUUCCCAUCCCAAUGGUAACCUAAUAUAAUAAUUGGUUACUUAUUCUGUUAUAUAUAAUAAUUAAACCUCUACACUAUGCCCCUUCAAGUUUGAUGUUGUUUAUUGGCAAGACCUAGUAAUAUUUAUAUAUUUAUUUAUCCCUUAAUUUUACUAUUUUAUAGCAAUUGUAUUUUCUAAUGUUGCUAGCUCUCCGGCAUUAUGUAAAAAUUGCAUGAUAUCGUUGUGACAAAAAUAUUUAUAAUUUCACUAAAGAAUGUGUUCUAAGAAUUUUCAUAAUCUUAGUAUUAAGAACUUGGCAAUAUUCCUAAUAUAUAGAUUAUGCACAUUUAUGCGUAUGUCACAUAUCCACACCAAUAGAAGAUGUGAAUGUCUAUCUAUAAGAAAGUGUGCAAGAAUGUAUGAUUGUGGUUUAUUUUUGUAUUAAAGCAAUUAUGAACAUUUGAUGUAAUGUUACUCAUACAGUUCAAUUUAGUGUUGGACUACAUUUCUAGUU